AUGCUGGCAGUAAAUCCCAAUGCUCUCCUUGGAUGUGCAGGCUUCAUCGUGGAUCUGAAAUUUCCGUGGAUGGAAAAUGUGAUCGGGCAUUCAGAGGUGUCCAAGCCUGCCGCUCUUAAAUUGGGGUCUACAGACACGGUAAUGAGCGUUCCAACGUAG